UUUAAAGAUCAAAGAUCUUAUGUUGUUGAAAAGUGGACUUUUAACAGUUAAUGAAUUUUAAGAUUCGUGCCAAGUUUGUAGAAUUGACAAGGCUACGCAUGUGUUUUGGUAAUCGCACGUGGUUAAAUUGUUUAAAAUCCGUUAAAUUUGAACUUUUUUAAAAAAACUCAAUGAAAUUUUGACGACAAAAUUUGAAUUCUUUUGUAAGAGUCAAAAUUUUGUAAACAAAGAAUAAGAAUAAGUGAAAAGCAUUAAUUCAUGCUAUUAAUAGAGCAUAACAGUAACUGAUUUAUAUUUAUAAGCGUUUAUAGAACUAUAAGAAAGUGAAUUUUCAUACUAAAAGCCACACAUCCCUUGACAUUUUAUCAGAAAAGGAAAAUUAAACUACAAAUUUAUUUUCUCAUCAAAAAAUAGUAAUUUAAAACGUUCAAUAUGUGGGUAAAAAAAGUACAAAAUAGACGGAAGAAAUAUUAAUUAACGUACACACACAUCACAAUAUAAAAAUGCAAUAAAAUCAUCUCGUAAAAGCAAUAAAAAUUAAAAAUAGAAGAACAAAAAUUUUAAUCAUUUAGUGCAGUGAAAAUAAAGCAAUAUUAUCCAUAAGUAAGGCAUAUAUAAGAAAACAAGAAUGUGGAAUAAGUUAUUUAAAAAGAGGCAAUCAAAACAAUCAGAUAAAUCACAAGCUGUUGCUAGUGAAGUCAGAAAAGUGAAACAAAGACCGACAUCCACGACAAAAUGCUUUUCUUUUCGUACCGCUGGAACUAAAAUGAAUGGAAAUGAUCAUUACAUGCUUAGUAAAGAGAAUUUUCCAUUUUUCCAAUUCGAAUCGGAAAUUUAUAAGAAACCAGAUUUCAAUGCCGACUAUUCACGUCUUUAUCAGCCUGAGCAACAUCAAGAUCAUGACGAGAAUCAGCAAAUAAAUGAAAUAUUUAUUGAAAUUCCACCGCCAAAUAUUCGGCUUGAUUUAUGUCCUGUCUGCAGUCGUCGUUUUGCACCUGAAACGCUUCUAAAGCAUGUCAUGAUAUGCGAAAGAAUCAACACAAAGAAAAGAAAGCCUUUUGAUUCAUCACAACAGCGCCUUAAAGGAACAGAACAUAUCGUCUCAGCACCAACAGAGACCACGCGAGUCUCACCACCAAAAACGUUCUUGCAACGCAAACCGAGCUUGACGAGCCUUAAAACACAAUCAAUAAAUACAAUAGAGCCACGACAUAUUCCACUUGAUAAUAUGAGUCGAAAGAGUUCUACAAUAAGUUUGGCAAGUACUGUUUCGCGACCAGCUGUUAAACGAGUGUCAUCACAGCCCAGCCCAGAAAAGUGUCCUUAUUGCGAAAGAGUUUUUGGCUUUAAAGCUUACGAUAGACAUGUUGAAUGGUGCAAGGAAAAGUCUCUCAUUAAACCAAAUCCUGAUCCGAGAACUGUAUCGAUUGCGAAAGAGAGACUCAAAACAAGAAUUGGAUAUAAAGCACCGAAUUUGAAAACUAAACGCGGUGUUACUAGAGAAAAAUAUGCGGCAAGCUGCAAUGGAUCGACGCACAGUCUUGCAGACUUUGAUUCGACUAUAAAUUCAAUGACUUCGUCUUUUACUAGUGAUAAUGGAAAUUACGAUCCAUUUUUAUCGGCAAAGAAGCAGUUGGAAGAACUUUUUUCGCCCACGACACCAACACCAUCGACAAAAAUGAUUAAUUCAAUGAUGACCACACCGAAUAGCGGCAUUAGUAAUAAUAAGCAUAACAAAAGUAAUAACGAUAUAAUGUCAAAGUCGUUCACGAGUCAAACAAUCUCUCCAAAGACACCACAGCCAAUCCCAAAAAUGCAAAGUAACUUUAGACGCACCUCAUCGCUGAGAAUAUCAAAUCGCAAGCCGAAGCCUGUUUAUACGCCACCAAUUAAAUCAAAUGUCCAUUGUGGCAUCACUGAUGAUGGUCCAAUUUCACCGAAUUUCGUUAAGGCUACCGAUUAUGAUGAGCUUCCGAUUAAGUCGCCUUAUAGUGCCAUAAAAUUAGUAGAGAAAGCAGCAUCGCCUCCACAUAAUUUAUUAAGAGCUUCACUGUCUCCAUCUCCAUCACCAACUUUGCCUGUCUGCAAUAACAAUAAUAAUAGUAAUAAUAGCAAUAAGCCUGUAUUAAUGAGAGACAAAGCAAACGGAUUGUUUAGAAAGAAUCUUAAAUUGGACUUGAAGAAUCCAAACAUGCCAUCUGCAGACUAUCCAUUAUCAAAAACUGACUCACUUGCUCUCUUUCUUAAAUAUGAAAGUGAAUUAUCAUCACAGCUAUCUGAAAAGGACCUUAAAGAUAAAAGCAAUAACAGCUUGAGUAAACGUUCAGUCACAAAUUUCCUUCUUAAAGAUCAAAAGUUACCGGAUAUAAAUGGAAAGACAAUGAUGAUGAAGCCACAACCAAAAACACAGGGAAUUGUGAACAAUUUCAAUAAUUUAAGUAGCAUUGAGCAAGAGAAGGAACUUAUAUCGAUUGAUAAUUUAAAUGCAAGCUUACAGCAGCAAAGUGACAUAACAGACAGUGGCAAAAGUCAUUCAGCACCAUUAAAAUUGAUAAAUGCAUGUGAUAAUUUGCCUUUGCUUAGCAAUAAUAAUAAUAAUAAUAAUAAUGUUAGUGAUAAAAGCCGUUCGCCAUCAUUGGAACCGCGUGAAUCUCCUGAAAAAGCGACAGUUGGAACUAGUCGUCGCAGUGGCAGUGGAUUAAGACGUCAGAAAAAAUAUAAUUUAGAUAAUAUUCUAUUUGAUACAGAACCAGCGGAAACGAUGAUGAAAACGACACCGCCAAGCAGUAGUGAUAACAGUAAGAACAAUAGCCUGAUUCGUCCUGAUUCGAGAGCAUCAAAUAAUGGGUCAAUUUUUGAGGAUUUUGAUUUUGAUCAGUUUAUAGCCUCGUUCACAGACGAUGAGAAGUUUCCAAUUUUUAAAGACUAUAAAAUGCUGUUGAAUAAGUCUGUGAAAGCGGAUGAAGAGAAUAACAAUAAUAGUCGUAAAGAUGAAUCAAAAAAUAUUAAGGAUGAUAUCAUUAAUAACGUUAAUAAUAAUAAUAUUGCAAGUAAGCCAAUACAAAUUCAGCCACAACAACAAUUACAGCAGCAGCAGCAACAAAAGACUCAAAAUGACAUGACGGGAAUGCAAAAACUCGAUAAUUUAUGUAAAAUGCUUUCUGGUAAUUCAGAUUCUGAUGAAAGUAAUAGCUUCGAAACUGAUCCGAGUGAAUCGCAAACGACACGAUCUAAAUCAAGCGCAGAUUCUGCAUAUGGAAGCUUGUCAAGACAAUCUCAAUCGCCACUAGAUUAUCGUAAACUUCCAAAUCAAUCGAACGGAAAUGCAAAUUACAUUCGUCAACCGCCUUCAUAUAUUCCACCACCUGUCCCACCUCGACAACAUUUAGAGCUUAAAACAACAGAAAUUGUCUUGAGUCCCGUUAAAGCGCCUGCAUUUCAAGAAACAAUAAUGAUUCCGAGAAAUGGAAAUCCACAAUUGGGACGAUCGAUGAGUAAGGAUGAGCCAGCGAAUGACAAUUUACAGUUAUCAAAGUUUUGCCACAUGUGUGGAUAUAAGUUUGUUGUACCAACAGCCAAGUUCUGUAUUGAAUGUGGCGUGCGAAGAAUUAAGGUCUAAUUUUGAUAAUUUAUAGACAUUUUAUUCACUAAAUUGAUACGAUUAACCCACUCAAAUAAUAUUAAUUAAUAAUAUUUUUAAUACAGCAUUAAUGAUUAUUCACAUAUUCUGGUCGUUAGCUAGCUAUCUAGAGUCAUUAAGUGUUUAACGCUUAGCAAAUUUUUGUAGUAACUUUAUCUUUCUUAUCUUUUUCUUCUUGUGCCUUACUUAAUAUUUUCCCAAUUUUCUUAUAUUUUUCAUUUUAACAAGACUGAUUUUAAGAUAAUUUAAUUUUUCUACACGAAAAAAAAAGAUGAUUGACGAGAUUUAACGGCCAUUUAGAAAAUCAACAAAUUUAUUUUAGUGCUUAGAUCCGACAGUAACAAUUUUCAAUUAAUUUUAAUGUCAACUCAAGAAAAUUAAAAACAAAAAAGUAACUAAUCAAUUAUUUUAAAGAAUUACUGUUCACUACAAAUGAAUAAAAUGUAAAGAGUCGUCACUAUAAUCAUUUUUCACCACUGGAAUUAAAAUUGUAGAAAGUAAAAAUAAAUCUUUUUGGAAAAUAAAGAUUAAGAUAAAUUUGAA